AUGCAUAAUGCCUCCUCUCUCUCUCCCUCCUCUUCUUUCAAGGUGUACCACUUGUCUACUCCAGCACAAUUUUACAAUCGACUGCAAGGUCUCAUGCAACUCAUCUCACCCAGCACUUGGGCCCACUUGUCAAAUCUCUUCGACCAGGCCAUGAACCACUCCGUCGGGAUCAUCCUGGAGGGGGGGGGCAAAGUGGUGGAAAGUGUAAAAUCCUCCAAAGGCGCGGGGGCGUGUGGCUGGGAAGGGAGGAAAGAGAAAAGGAAGGGGGUAAGGUGGUGA